AGAGUUCAGGGAGAAGCUUGUCAACGAAUUGCAGUCAGUCAGCUGACAGGCAGCAUCUCCGCUCGUCCGUCAAAACAUUAGACCCUGCAUGGCUGCAAGUGCCCUGCUGGAUAGCAUACAAUAAACGACAAGUGUUCGACAUGCUCAUGGAAUAAGGUGUUAUGUUACAGAGACCAAAAGAGGGAAGGAGGCUCCUGCAUCCCUUAUGGCGGCCGAACAGCCCAAACCGCAGACUCGGAAGCCAGUUCUGUUGAGCAAAAUCGAAGCGUUUCAAGAUAUUGUGACUACAGCGGUAAUCAUUCCUAAAGAGGACGGCGUGAUCAGCGUCUCUGAAGACAGGACAAUUCGAGUAUGGCUCAAGAGAGACAGUGGUCAGUACUGGCCCAGUGUCUACCAAACCAUGUCAAACUCCUGCACCUGCAUGUCCUUUAACCCUGAGACCAGGUGGCUGUCUGUGGGCAUGGACACUGGAGGCAUCUCUGAGUUUAUCCUGGCCGAAGACUACAACAAGAUGACCCCUGCCCGCACUUACCAGGCCCACCAGGGCAGGGUGUUGGUGGUGCUGUUCGUCCUGGAGAUGGAGUGGGUGCUGAGCACGGGCCAGGACAAGAACUUCACCUGGCACUGCUCUGAGAGCGGCCAACAACUGGGUACCUACCGCACGGCCGCCUGCGUCUCAGGCCUGCAGUUUGACGUGGAGACUAGACAUGCGUUUGUGGGCGAUCAGUCCGGCCAGGUGACCAUCCUGAAGGUGGAGCAGGACAGCUGCAGUAUGGUCACCACCUUCAAGGGGCACACGGGUAAUGUGACGGCCCUGUGUUGGGACCCGGGUCAGAGGGUGCUGUUUUCCGGAAGCUCGGACAACUCCAUCAUCAUGUGGGACAUCGGAGGACGCAAAGGCACCGCCAUCGAGCUACAGGGCCACAAUGACAAGGUGCAGGGCCUGUGUUUUGCAUCCCACACACGCCAGCUCAUCUCCUGCAGCUCGGACGGAAGCAUUGUUAUCUGGAACAUGGACGUGACGCGACAAGAGACUCCAGAGUGGCUGGACAGUGAUUCCUGUCAGAAGUGCGAGCAGCCGUUCUUCUGGAACUUCAAACAGAUGUGGGACAGUAAGAAGAUUGGCCUGCGACAGCACCACUGUCGGAAAUGUGGGCAGGCUGUGUGCGGGAAGUGCUCCUCCAAGCGCUCCACCAUCCCCCUCAUGGGUUUUGAGUUUGAGGUGCGAGUGUGUGACAGCUGCCACGAGUCCAUCACGGAAGAGGACCGAGCGCCUACAGCAAGCUUUCACGACAGCAAGCACAGCAUCGUGCACAUACACUACGAAGCCACCACCGGGAACCUGCUCACCUCCGGGACGGACAAGGUCAUCAAGCUGUGGGACAUGACUCCCGUGGUGUCCUGACUUCCGUCCCGUCCGGGGACGGCGAGAGGACGCCUGGUUCAGAUACGGACCCAUGGCGGACCAGGUAGCCCUUGGCUACACGGGGGUUGAGUGGGAGUCAGGAUAGUGCUGCUGUAUCAAUGGGUUGACACACACACACACACACACACACACACACACACACACACACACACACACACACACACACACACACACACUCACACACCUGAACACACACCUGAACACACACCUGAACACACAGGAAGAAAAUCCAACACUGACCAAAACAGUACAUGAGGGUCGGUCAACUAUGGGUCACGUCCCACCCCUAUCUGAGCAAAGAGAGAAGGGAGGGAUGAAAGCACCUGUUGUGUGUGUGUUAGUUUGUGUGUGUGUGUCCAUGUGGACUUCGGACUUCCUUGGUGGGGACUUCCACACACUUUAAGUUAACGGCAUUCCUGGUUGAACUGUGAAUUUGAAAUCUAGCCUCUACUAGUAUGUGAUUUGUUUUCUGUCAUCAACAGGUAACGGGUUGUAGAGUAAGUCCCAGUAGGAAUGGAAUCAUCACGCAUAGAGGUUAUUUGUGUGUUUUUUGUUGUAUAUUGAAGCACAAAGGUAACAGCCAGGGAAUACAAUCCAUCAUUGAGCUGAAUUCGCAAAUGGAGCAUAAUAUAUAAUGAUAGGUAACACUUCAGAUGGAUGAAACUUUGCUGAGAAAGAGCAAAGGCAAAAACUACAGCCUAAAUGUUCUGUAACUAUAUCGUCAGGAUCGAAAGGACUGAGAGAGCAAUGUGGACAUUUUGAAAUGAGCAUUCCAGUGACGUGGAUUUAGGCUUUAUCUCAAAAACUUUGUCCAUGGUCAAAAUGAGCCACGUUGUGCUUUGAAUUCAGUACGGUUACAGUGAGAGAGAAUAAGUACAGAUCAAUGGUGGCUUUGUGUCGUUGAACGACACGUUAGCUGAACUAGCCUAUCAAAUGGAAGGCAUUUCGGGAUGUGGGCUUUUUUGCUCCAGCUGGUUUACAUGGGCUGUGUGGGGGGGGGGGGGGGGGGCAGGGAGAAGGGCCAUGGUGGACAAGGUUCAGUAAGUGAGAAGCUCGGUCAGUUGGUGUCAUUUAUUUCGUACUUGUAUGCAUUUUGAAGUAUAGCCAAUCCGGGUGUUUCACUCUGAUCGCUGUGGGGACGUUUCACCUCCUGAACCUGGAGAGCUUUAACUUUUGAUGAGUGACCAAAUGACAUGAAGUCUUGUAGAGCAACAAAACAUGAUCUUUCCAUCCAACGAUCAUUGGAUUUAGGCUCAAAUGAGAAGAUUAUGUCAUGGAAAUGAACCAAAUGUUUCUUGGGAGCCUUGCUUAUUUAGGGGCUGGACUUGGGGACAGAGAGCGCAGUGGUUGUUUUGUGGUAAAAUGUUUUGUUUGGUCAAAUCUCAUGCAGAGAUAUUUGCAUAUCAUUGCAUAUCGCUUAUUGUCUCUUUUUUCAUCGUAUUCAUACAUCACCUUUCAUACAAAUGUAAUUAACAUGUUUGUGUUCCGUGAUUACCUGUUUGGCUGUGGAGGUUGUAAUAUAUAUAUCGUAAGUUCAUGCACUGAAUCAAGGAUUGAAAAUGUGUAAUUUGUGACGCAUUGCUGCUAUGUGUAACUCUCUAAUGUCCAUCUUUAUCAAAUUUAUACUUGAAACGGCCGAUGGCCCUUCGUGAGCUUGACCACCCUGCUCAAGGUGUAAUGAAGCAAGUGGAACACCUUACAAGAGCUCACAAAAAUGCAUUAAUGUCUCAAAUCAUAGUACAACUAUGUAUUUAAAUGUACUAUUCAUUCAACAAGGCAUUUUGUUUCAUAGAGUCAUGGUUCACAACACUCUUCCUGAAUAAAUCUUUGCCUUGAUGUAUGCACUA